AACACCUUGUAGAGUCGACCAACUCUUUCUUUUUCUCGGUCUCUUCCUCAAGUAAAGGUUAGGGUUUGUGUUCAGUGUUCUUAUUCGUUCUCUGCAGCUGCAGUUCAGGAAAUAAGGUUUUCGUGGGUCUCUUUCGAGGAUUCAAUGACGACCAUUGUGGUAACCUCGGAGGAAGAUCCUUCGCUUUCUGUAGUCCGAUUCACGUCGGAGCUCGCCUGGGCCGAUGCAGGACCAGAGGUUGCAGAGCCACAAGUUGCUAGAUUAUGCAUGGAGGCACAAGAAUUCAUAGUAAUGGGUAGAUGGCUGGAUUUGGCAUCUCUUAUGCUAACUUCUGCUGACUUGAUAUUUUCAAGAGUGUCAGAGAAAGAUCUUGAGUGUAGUUUUGCUAUUAUUUGCAACCUUGUGACGAAAACCGAAAGUCCAGAUGAAGCACUAGAGAUGGCAAAGCUUAUAUCUGCAAAAGUUUCCCAACAAGCAAAUGAUAAGCCAGCAUUACGCUUAAAGAUAUUGUUCACUCUGUACAACCUCUUGGAGAAUCCAUACAGCAGAUUCUAUGUUUACAUGGUUGCCCUUACCUUAGCCGUCAAUGGCAAAGUUACUGAGCAUAUUAUCCCUUCUUUCAAGAAGAUUGAUAACUUUUUGAAAGAGUGGAACAUCGGGACCUUGGAUCAAAGACAACUCUUUCUCACCAUCUCCAAUAUCUUAAAGGAAAAUAAAAGCUCUGCAAAAGAUUCAUUCCAUUUCCUGACCAAGUACUUAGCAACUUUUUCGAGUGAGGAUGCAUAUACAUUGAGUGAAGCUAAGGAAGAAGCUGUGCGUGCUAUUGUGGAGUUUGUGAAGGCACCUGAUAUGUUUCAGUGUGAUUUGCUAGAUAUGCCUGCCAUAGGACAGUUGGAGAAAGAUGGCAAAUAUGCACUGGUGUAUCAACUUCUGAAGAUCUUUCUAACACAACGGCUGGAUGCAUACUUGGAUUUCCAUGCAGCAAAUUCCACUUUACUUAAAAGCUAUGGUCUUGUUCAUGAAGACUGUAUAACAAAGAUGAGAUUGAUGUCAUUGGCUGAUCUUGGCUCUAAUGAUUCUGGCGAGAUUCCAUAUGCUCUCAUCAAGGAGACACUUCGAGUCACAGAUGAUGAGAUAGAACUGUGGAUAGUCAAGGCAAUUACUGCAAAGCUACUUGACUGUAAGAUGGACCAGAUGAAUCAAGUUGUAAUUGUAAGCCGCUGCACGGAGCGUGUCUUUGGGUUGCACCAGUGGCAAUCCCUUAGAUCAAAACUAGCAACAUGGAGGGGUAACAUUGCAAAUGUUAUAAACACCAUUCAAGCUAACAAGCUAACUGAGGAGAGCGCACAAGCAAUGCAAGGUGUGAUGAUUCGUUGAAGGAGUUAUUCUUAUCGUGGUUAUUGGUUUUGGUAUCUAUUCAUCUGGAUUCUGUUUAAAAGAGGCAUUGUAGGGCUAAUUUUGUGUACCUAAAUCUUCAUUCAUUGUAGUUGAAGCUUGGUUGGAACAUUUACAGAUUUUGUUGAGUAGGGAUAUUUAUUUUGCUUGUUUGCUUUUGCCUUUUGGCAAUGUUGAGAUAUUUGAUAGAAAUUAGAAUGGGCAAGUUUCUUGUUGAACACAAA